AUGUCAUCUCGACAUGGACCUAAAUUGCCUCCAAGAGCUUCGAAAGGUGGUCAAGCGCGUGCCUCGGAUACACCUACUCCAGGGCAAGAUUCGCGUCCAGCUACAUUGAGCGGAGCACCAGGCAUCACACGACAGAGGACUCGUGAAUCUGAGGGUGCUCAAGCGAUCCCCGCAGCAUCCACAAAGCGCGAGCCUCGCGCAUCUGUACCUACUCAGCUGGCGUCAGCUGCUGCUGGAAUUAAUGAUGAAGCAGUCUUGGAAAGCCUCCCAUCUGAUGUAAAAUCUGCAGCAGCAUCAUUGGCACUCCGACCUCCAGUCAGUCGACGGCCAUCGAAGCCUAGACUGCGGAGGGCUCUCUCUGCAGCUACAGAGUCACUACUGACACCGGAGGAAGAUAACACCAGCAAACUGUCCGGAGCAUCCUCAUUAAGGUCUACUGGGUCAGGGUUAUCACAAGGCUCGGGUCCAUCGGCAUUUAUAGAUCCAAGUGCCCGUCCAUCUGCUAUUCCAUCAAGAAAGAAUUCUGACCAUCGAGCUCAAAGGGCUCGACUUACUGAAACAACCCAAGCACGACUAAUUUCUGAAGGCAAUCAUGACAACAGACCUACCGGAGCAUUUACCGGAUCAGUGCCAUCACAGUACCCUGCGCCAUCAGCCUACACAGAGCCCAGGCUUCGUGCACAUCCUGCUGCAGGAGAAGCUACAUCAGCACCUUCCCUGGCCUCCUCUCAGCGUCCAGGCGUGAUGUACAUGGACCGGGGUGCAGCACCUCAAAUCAACCUGACCCCGGGGAGAACUCAGGCUGUACACCCUGGCCUCGCUGCUGACACACCGGUCGGAAGGCAUCAACAGAUGUCACACCUUCCAAGCCACCGUGCAGUGGCCCAAGAGGAUAGGAUACCACUACCUCAAACGGGAAUUCCUUCACUGCCACCAUCUUACAGUGUCCCACGGAGACGACGCCCGAUACACGAACACCAACAAGGCCGUGCCUCAGCUAGAGAAGGUUCCGAGGACCUAAACACGCGCGCAGCACGCGACACCCAAUUUGGCAGAGAAGCUGGUCUCCAAAGUAGAAGAGAUCAGAAGCAAGAUAUCCUUAAGGUGAAGAUUGCCAUGGUCAAAGAACAUAUUAGACUGGCAGAGAACAGGCUUUACCAUCAUCAAAACCAAGUACAUCCGCCUGGGGCUGUCGACCAACAAGCCCAGGCCGAAUUUUACAGACAGACUGAGCACGAGAUCCACACGAUGCAGAGACAGCUCAAGGAACUAGAACGAGACUACAGGCGUGGGUACGGUUCCGCAGGCAGUGGCGCCGCCGGCAGCGGUGCUAGUGAGCAGCGUGCUGGACCGUCCAGGAAGAGGUCUACCGAGAGAAGAGGAGCUAGAGACAGUGCUGACAAUCCUCCUGCCUGCAGUGCUCCUGGCAGGAGUAUGACAAGAGAAGAUGCUGGUGCUCCUUCCAAUCGCGUAACCGUAACCGUAACCACUGGACUUGGUGGUGAAAGCGAGCAUACCGCCAGUCAUGCCCGGAAAAGCCAUCGGAAGUGGAAGCCAUGCGCGGAUUUGCCGCAGCAAUUCGAGUGA